GUUGCAGUAGGUUACGGUUAGUUCAUCGUUCGGGUUGGCAGUGUGGCGACGGUCCGUGCUAGCAUAGGCGUGCAAGGGAUUUUUGUCGUCAACAAGCAGAUCCUUCAACGUUGAAAUGGCUGAUCAGCUUACAGAAGAGCAGAUUGCUGAAUUCAAGGAGGCGUUUUCACUUUUUGACAAGGAUGGAGAUGGCACCAUUACCACCAAAGAGCUGGGGACUGUCAUGCGCUCUCUUGGGCAGAACCCCACCGAGGCCGAGUUGCAGGACAUGAUCAAUGAGGUGGAUGCUGAUGGAAACGGCACGAUAGAUUUCCCAGAAUUUCUGACAAUGAUGGCAAGAAAAAUGAAGGAUACGGACAGCGAGGAGGAGAUCAGAGAAGCUUUCCGUGUCUUUGACAAGGAUGGGAACGGCUACAUCAGUGCUGCUGAGCUUCGUCACGUGAUGACAAACCUCGGGGAGAAGUUAACCGAUGAAGAAGUAGAUGAGAUGAUCAGAGAAGCAGACAUUGACGGCGAUGGGCAGGUCAACUAUGAAGAGUUCGUACAAAUGAUGACGGCGAAGUGAGGGCCUUGUACAGAUUUCAUAUAUAAAUACUUUGCCUUUUAUCUUUGUGUAAUUUAUCUGUAAAAUCUUAUAACCCCCCUGCGUCCCUGCCCCCUACUGCUGUCCAAAGGAACUGCAUGUAAACUGCAUAGGCGCUUGUCCCCAUGUCCCUUUUUUCUUUUGCUGUCAUGGUGUUUGAGUGACGAACGGUCAGCCACGCAGAUGCCUGCGGAGGCCCUCGGGAGCCCAAGGACCGACCGACUCUUCUGUAUUGUACUCUGGGCCUUUUCUGGCGAGGCGACAUUGGAAACCUGUCAGCUGGUUGUAACUUGGCAACACUGUUGGCAUGGAAACAAUGUAGAGGAGUUGAAACUCUGCAUGGACUAUGGACAAAGUAUAUAUGGGAAAUCUCAGCAUUGCACUACUGCAAAAAAAAUAUAUAAAAUGACACGGGUCUAUCUCCUAGGUACUCGUACAAACUUUUUGUAUCUGCUGUUCUAUAUACCAGAAAAUGACAUCUUGCCAUGCUUUUUGUUUUACUCACUCAUUUUCUUUUUUUUUUUUUUUAAUGGCCUCUGGUCAUGCCUCAAACAAUCCAUUCCAAGUUGUAUAUUUUUGUUUUCCAAUAAAAUUUACAAUCUACC